AUGAAAGGAGUUUUUUUUUCUUAUUUUCUUCAGGGAGGUACCAAAGCUCGUUCGUCAUCGUUGACCUCCAGAAAACCAUUAGACCAUGGUGACGUUGAAGUCCGCGUUCGCAGUCCUGAGGUAAGCUGAAAAAUAAUUUUAAAAAACUGUGGACUCGCAGUAUCGGGUUUAUUAUGCUGGAUGGCCUGCGAGCAGGCUUGCCUAUGCUAGAUUGGUGAUAAUUUUUGCGGCAGAACCGCCACCCCUCGAGGAAAGGCUCACUUGUGGAGUUCGGGGAAAAUUAUCCCAGCCAAACUCGAACAAGUGAGCUUGCUCGCAGGCUGUUUGCUUGAAAAGUCGCUGGAGCUUACUGUUUUCAAGAGUCAAAGCCAGGCAAACUGUUUUGUCAGUUAAUAGUAUAGUUUGGUCUCGAGGUGAACUCUAUGACCAUUAUCAAACACUUAUCAGCAGACUGAAUGCGAAAUUCUAAUAAAUGUAAAACGUUGAUGCGAGUGUGACAUAUGAGAAAAAGGACAUUCAUUUCUUAGAUUGCAACCACUUACGGACUAAAUAAUUCGUCAUAUCGCUUUUUAGUAUAAUUCUCUAGUUUUAAAUUAUGCAGUUACUGUAAGUUCACUCAUGCUUUAUAUUACGCAAGUAUCGUAAAAGUUGUCCCUGAAAAAUGAUGCGUAACGUUAUUGCUUCCCGGGCUAUUUUUAUUCAGUGACGCUCUUAGUAAUUUGCAUCUAACCAUUUGAGCUGUUCUAUACGAAUAUAUUUUUGCGAAUCCUGACUCUUUCUCGGCAUCUACUGACACCGUUUGAUAGCCUGUCUUAACAUUGUUCUGCGUAACGUUGUUACAUUGUGAGCAGUUUAAACUCGUUUAAACGUUUCGUCAACAUCAUCUCAACAUUCCAUUUGUUCUUGAAAUAUUGAAUAGACCGUUUCCUAGUUCCAAAUACCCUCAAUUUUAAAGUGGGACCAAGUGCAAGAUUUUUCUUUUGAAGUGAGGUUUAUUUGCAUGAAAAUAAAAAUGAACAUUUCCGAGUGUGCUUCGCCAUUUCCGAGUGUCCUUCACACACAAAUCAUUGGCACGUUAAGUUGUUUUCAUCACUUCUGUUGUAGCCGUUUCUUUCUUUUUUUAAUUUCACGCGUUUAGAACUUAAAUAUUCAAUUUAUAUUGAGCAAAUUCCUCAAACCUCUUCUGUUUAAGUGGUGCAUGACAACAACUUCAUAAAGGUAAAAAAAUGUAAUUAAAAUUACUCGGAAACAAAGAAACUGUAAGCGUCAUUUUAUAUUGCAACUCCAAGUAAGCAGCCAUGGUGGUCUUUACGAAUGCUUGGAAUUCUUUCUCGGUAAGCAGUGAGCAAUAUUUAAGUUUUUGAUACCUAUUCUAAGUUAAAAUAACUUCCUGAUGUAAUAACUGCGAUGAACCAGUUGGAGACUACGCUUUUCCAUCGUUAUCUUGAAGCCAUUUCUAAAAAAUGUAUGGCGAAGAUGCCGGAUUAAAGAUAUCAAAAAUAACUGAUUUGAUUUAAUCUCGGCAAUAACCUUCGGAAAAGAGGAUCUGCCCCAUUAGGACGCUGGUAGCUUGUAAAUUAGCCGUUUUAUUGACAAACGUGCCUUACGUAUUUUUCACUUAGAAACUCUAAUUAAAACUAAUUAGUAGAAAUUUAGAAAGUGCCUUUUAUCUAGGAUAUUUGAAUAACUCACUGGGGGACUUUUAAUUUCAUUCGUUUUGUUUAUCUGCCACUGUCUGACUUGUUAGUAUAAUGAAAGUUUGUGUCUACCUGCUAUCCAAAAAACGAAAACUAAUGUUAAGACGCACUUGACCAACUCAUUUAAGUAUUGAGUACAACCGAAAGGAGUUUUACAAGAAGAGCCAGUAGUGACAGUUGUCAGCGGUCGGUCGGAGGCAGGUGCGCAGGAGUUCUCAAUUUCGUUUAUAUGACGUAAGUUUCCGUCAGCGUGAGGAGUGUUUCAGCCACAUUUGUUUGCCGUCCGCCGAGAGGUUUUUCCAGCAAGGUUUUCUAAAAUAUAUUAAACUCGCAACCUUAUUCUUUUCUUAACCUGACAUCGUUCUUUUCCCGUCGUUAUUCUUAGGCGAAAAACGAUCACUCCUUGGACGAGAAUUUCUUUGAGUUCCUAACCCGUUGCCAAGGUAACCGUAUGGACGAACAGCGCUGCGAGCUACCUAAACCAAUCGAAAAGAGCAAAAGCACUGAGGAUAUGUUAGACAUGGUGGAACGUGUGCAAGGAGACAGAAUGAAUGAACAACGCAGUGACUUGCCUGCCGACGAAGACCCUUCACUGAUAAGUACGUAUUAUAUGAGCAAUCGUGAUAUAUGAGUAGUCGUGAUAUAAUAUUAGGGAACUUAAGCAGCGACGACGGCGACGCCAAAGAGAACGGGGAAAAAAACAGUAGGUUUAGAUUAGCAAAACCACAACUUUGCACGUACAUCACGUUUUUUUGUACAUUUCGGGGAGCAAGGGAUGGCGUAGCCUGCGCGCAGACGAAAUUAAACUCUGGUUAACUCCGUCUGCGAAACAGCGCCGAAAUCCUUGUUCUGGACUUCCAGCUGUGUACCCAGAUUUGAGUACGCGCCACGAUUAGCCAGUUAAAAAAGGUCUUUGUUUUGUUUGUCGUGAUCGCCAAUCAGGUUGAAGGGAAAUUCGAAACGCACUUCCGGUAAUUCGUUGAGUCCGUUGGGGGUUCAGAACAAGGAUUUCUGCGCUGCUUCGCAGACGGUACUAAUCAGCGUUUAGUUAUCGUCUGCACGCAGGCUAGGGAUGGCGCAGAGGUGAGAGCGCUCGCCUACCACCAAUGUGGCCCGGGUUCAAAUCCCGGCGUCGACGCCACAUGUGGGUUGGGUUUGUUGUUGGUUCUCUCCUUUGCUCCGAGAGGUUUUUCUCCGGGUACUCCGGUUUUCCCCUCUCCUCAAAAACCAGCAUUUCCAAAUUCCAAUUCGACCAGGAAUCAGGUAGACGAAGAACCACUUCGUGGAUGUGCUACCUCCAAAUCAUUGUUUAAUUUGGUUUAAUAACAUUUCUUUGCCGUUGUUGCACGUUCACGACAUGAAAAUACCUAAUUUCUUGUUUUGUGGAGGACCUGAACACAAGACAACGACUUUCUUUUUCUUCUCCUGCACUUCGAUAAAGUCUUUUAGAAUUAAACUCCAGAAAAAAAUUGCCAACAUUUGACGAAUUGAAGGAGUUGGAAUAAGCGCGAUUAAGUUUGAAGCAGCGCGACUUCACUCUUUAAGUGACGUUUUGGUAGCCGUCGCCGUGGUUGUUGCUUAAGCUCCGUAUUGAUCCCGAAGGGGGGUGGGGAUCAAGACAAGACAUGACGCGCGCAUCAGUCACUCUUGUAUCCUAAUCCCCCCUUUUCUCACCUUGGAGAAAACUUAUCCCCGGUAGAAGGGUCACCCGCCUACCCGAACAACCCUUGGCGAGCCAAAGUUUCAAAAAACUUGUCGAAUAUUUUAUGAGAAACAAAACGUUGGCUCGUCUAGAAGGGUGACCCUUUUUCGAUGGUCGGGUCACCUUGUAGCUGGGCCUUCCCCAUAUAAACACUUUGGCUCGCCCAGCCGGGUCAACUCGGUCACGACGAGACAAGACUUUAAAAAGUUGUCUCGGAGGGUGACCCUCCUCUCCAGGACAUCUCUUCCCAAUAAAAACGAGGCCUUGGUGACCUUACAUGUAACCAGUAGAAUUUNGGGCCUUCCCCAUAUAAACACUUUGGCUCGCCCAGCCGGGUCAACUCGGUCACGACGAGACAAGACUUUAAAAAGUUGUCUCGGAGGGUGACCCUCCUCUCCAGGACAUCUCUUCCCAAUAAAAACGAGGCCUUGGUGACCUUACAUGUAACCAGUAGAAUUUGAUAUUUUGCUGUUACUUUUGUACUUGAAACCAAUGUGAAGUUGUAUCAUUAUUUUUCUUGUAAUAAGGAAAAAGGUCCAAGAAGGGGGAAAGCGGUACCAGUGAUGACGCCCUGUACGAAAUGGUGCUCCGAAGUCAGGUAAGGUUUUUUUUUUCCUUUCUGUUAACGGACAUGGAAUAAAUAUGUAAGAAGUCAAGUUCAGUGCAAAAUUAUCCCCAUUUUGUUUUAUUAUUGGCUUUUCCCAACCUUAGCGGAUUUAACCUGAACUACAGUUAACAACUGUGUAUAAGAACCUUGUGGAUUCACCAUUUUCACAUAGACCAUUGUUUCCAGUUUCUCCUAAGUUUUAUAGUCGACUCAAGAGAAAUCGAAGACAAUGAUUAUGCCAAAAUGUUGGGGGUCAACAAGGUGCGUUAUGGUUUAUGUGAAAAUGACGAAUUUAGAGCCCAGAAUCCGGUUGUUCAAACGUUGGACAGCGCUAUCCACCGGAUAAAUCACUAUCAGCGGAUAAGCACUGGGAAAACGAAUUGCGUUUUCAACUGGAUAGUGAUUUAUCCACUGGAUAAAGGAGCCAAGUAGCUGAUUGGAAAUUAGACCCCGUUAAAUAUGAACCUUUUCAGCUUGAAUUUUUAGGGUUGUCCAAUACACACGAAUAAAUUCCACUUGAAACGCGAAUAGAUUUUUUUUCAUUUUUGGAAGGGUAGAAGCAAAGGUGAAAUAGGUUUUUGUUUGAUGUAUGAUCGGCCUGAUAAACUAAAUUCAAAAAGCAGGCACUGCACGAGUAAAAUGUACUUUACAACAACUACCUGUACUCUGAUCUGUUGAGUGACCUAGUUCCAGUAUGAAUAAAUCCCAUAGCUACCCCUGAAUAACAUAAGAACCCUCAUUUUCUCGAGGCCCACUAAACAAACUACGACUUUGUCUUCCCUCAGUCUCAUCGUAUUGAGGAUCAGCGCUCAGAGCCUCCGCCUUCUGCGCCCACGGUACCAGACGAGGACUUCUUCGGUCUCAUACUUCGCUUGCAGUCAAACAGAAUGGACGAUCAGCGGUCUUCUGCUCCUGGUGGUGCGAGGCAUCAAUUACAACCCAGGCGAUAG